UACAAACCCAACAACAGCAACAACACCUAUAUAUUUUGCUGUCAGUUGCCCUUAGAAACCCAACAAAGAAAGAAAGAUUAUCUAUUUUAUUUCCAGUGAGAUCCUCAGGAUACGAUCCUCACCGGUCUAUUGACAACCAGAGAUGCUGUCUAGGAUAUUUAUGAGAUAUGGCAGCCACAAAGCAUUCUCUAUUCCUACAGUCAAGUUCCGUUAUACUAAUACACAAAUGCCAGACCCUGUGGGUAACAAUGUAGAUGAAUUACCAAGAAUCACAUCUCCUGUUACUAAACAAGGAAAUUAUUCAAAUAUGCAGAGUGACAGCAUAUAUAAUGAUAAAAGGUGGAAAGGUCGUUCACAUGAUAACACACGUAAACACAUGAAUCACAGAAAAAAGCACAUGUCGGAAGAAUUAAAAAAGGAUUACACAGACAGACGUCCAAACCCUUAUCAAGCAAUGCAAGCUACCUAUAAUAAUGAUGUCCAUAAACUGGAAAGAGUUAGUAAAAAUAAUGCCAAAUUUAGCAUUAACCUAUUAGGUGAAAUUAUUUAUGGAGUAUACCCAGUUCUUUUAGCUCUUAGAGCUGAGAGACGAACACUACAUUGUAUACUUUACAAAGAAGGAUCUGAAGUGAAAAAUGAAAAAAUUCAAGAAAUUUUAGAGAUUGGACAGAAACGUAAUAUAAAACUGCUGGGUUUAAAUAGUGCACAGUUUAGGUCUAUUUUCAAAGGAGAUCAAGUGCACCAAGGUAUAUGUUGUGAUGCAAGUUGUCUUUCAUAUGAAGAACUGCAAAAUGAAAUGCUGAGUCAGAUUAUAAAACAAGAUAAAAGUGUGAACAGGAAUAUCAUAGAAGAAAAAAAUUUAGUGGAAGAUGAGUCAGAAUUGACAUCUGCCAAAAGCAUAGAGAAACCAUUCCAAUUAUGGCUGUACCUAGAUCGCAUUCAGGACCCUAUGAAUUUUGGAGCCGUUUUGAGGUCGGCAUACUUUUUGGGAGUGGAUAAAGUAUUGACUACUAAAGAAGACAGCUGUCGAAUUUCUGGUGUAGUGAGUAAAGCCAGUGCUGGAGUAGCAGAGAUACUACCCGUGUAUCAGGUUGAUGACCCCAUAGAACUCUUCAACUUGCUGGCUGAUGCAGGAUGGCAUUUGGUAUCCUCAGCUUCAAAUGGAAAUACUUCAGCAACAUCUGCCAGUGACUUUAAGCCUCAAGGGAACAUUUUGUUGGUAAUAGGAAAUGAAGGAACAGGUGUCGCUGAUGACUUACAAAACAAGUGCACAACAGUUCUCACAGUUAAGCCGGGAAGAGAGGUGGGCAACGAUGUCCACUGUCUUAAUGUUUCUGUUGCAACUGCAGUUAUUCUACAUUGUCUCCAAACAAAGUUGAACCUACACAGAAACUGAUAAUUUAUGUGACAUUCUUGAGGAUAGGUAGAACUACAGGAGAAGGCACCUUAAGUGGACGUUUAGCAAGAUGUAUAUGUGUGUGUACAUUUAUAGUUAAGCAGCCUUAUCCACUUCAUCAAUAUUUGCUCAUUUUGUGCCUUUUUAUGGAAGGGGAAUGUGCUAACUUUUUACCAUCUCGCUGAUAAUAUAAGGAUCAGUUUAAGAAAGGCAUGUCUUGUGUGUGUCUUCAGCAAAAGGCGGAAACAAGUGAAUUUAGGUGAAGUGGAUAAUAAGGUUUUAUUAUAAAUGAUUAGGAAUUUUUUAUAAUAAAGUUAAUAUUACUCCUCCAAA